GUGGAACUACAAGCCCCAUCAUACCUCUGGGCUCUGAUGAAGAGGCUUUAUGCUUUGAAACGCGUCAGCCGGCAGUGACCCUCUUUACUUCCUCCAUGACCCUUUGGAGCGUGGUUCAGGUUCUACAUGCUGCAGCCUGUAUGGAAUAAGUUUCUUGUUGCGUAUCUUUCUACCACAAUUGACUGUGCCUCCACACCGGAAGAGGAUGACUCAGAGGCUGUGACCAGCGGCAGCCAUGGCAAGCUUGACACCCCUCCUCCUAAUCUGUCAUGCGAUCUUCCUGGUCUCGGCUAUUCUGCAGCCUCCAACAAAUCUCACACUCGUUUCUAAAAACUUUGAGCACAUCCUGACCUGGGAUGACCCUAACAAUAUAUCGGUUAUCUACUACAAAGUGGACUAUCAGGAUGGAGGAGGCACUUCAGUCAGUAGCAAAAGCUGUUCCAAUAUCACAAGCCGGCACUGCGACUUGACCAAGGAUUUCAUAGAUGUUGUGUCGAGGUAUUUUCUCCAAGUCCGCAGUUUCACAGAUCAUGAAGUCUCCAAUAUAGCUGUUUUGUCUUACGGUUUUACCCCGCUUGAAGAAACCACGUUGGGCCCAGCUUUAGUGGAUGUGGUUCCCUGCAUUCAUUGUAUUAACGUGUCUAUCCAUCCUCCAAUCUCUCAUUUAUGGGAUGAAAUCAAGCAGCACAAUGUUUCCAUGGUCAGUGACGAGGUCUAUCCAUAUCUGGAGUACACAGUCCAUUUUGUAGACUCUGCAGAGAGUUCGCACACCACAAAGCUGACUACCCUGAAUGCUACAGUUAUCUUAAAUCUGCGGCCAAAUACAAAUUACUGUGUGUCGGUUGACAUAACAUCAGAAUCCAAUAUAGUACCUAAUAUACAAUCCCCACUGAAAUGUGCCAUCACAGGAGACGUCUCCAGAGUCGACAGAACGCAUGUGAUUCUCCCCGCGGUGUGCGGCAGCUUACUGCUUGUUGGACUUUUACUGUGUUUAUUUGCACUAGACAAAGCUGGAUACAUAGGCAUGCACAGGAAAUUCUUCCCAAAAAUGUUGAAAUCCUUGCCCCAGUCGGAGAGUAGAUACAGUGGAAGUAACGAAUGCAUUUCUCCGACAUACAUUGUACCAGUGGAAGUAGUAAGCAAGGAGAUAGAUGUGGAGAAAAACCAAGAAAGUGAAGACCACUACAAAGAAGGGGGCUACGCCAGCAGGAAAAAACUAUUGGACAGUGACACCAGUGCAGGAGACAGCAGUGGUGCAGUCCUUUCAUGUAAUUCUUCAUCUUUAGAGUCCAGUGAUCAGAUGACUGGAUCCUCGGAUGAAGAGAGAAUCUCCACAAUGCACCCAGUAGACUUGGACAUAAUCACAGAUUCAUCUGGGAGUUUCUCACCAAUACCAACCACUGCCUUAGAAUCGUCUUCAGACCUCUCGUUCAACAACAGCGGGGUCUUCAACGUCAACCUAAACUCCAUAUGUAUGGGAAAUCCAGUAAAUACAUGGACAGGCCUCGAAAAUGGAGGAUCUUUGGAAGUAAAGGCGACUGAUGAAGCAGAUAUGAAGUCAGACCAAGGGCUCUCACUCAAUGGGGACAUCAGUGCAUGUACAUCGAUUGUAUUAGUAGAUUUGCAACCAACGCCAAUUGAGUAUGACAGUGAUAAUUAUGAAGACGACCUUUCAGAUAAUGGUGAUAAUUGUGAUGUUGAUGAUCAAGUUGUUUCAGGGUACAUGAGACGGUGAACUGGACACUAUACAGUUUUUUUUACCACUUGUAUUUUUUUAUAUUUUCUUUUUAUAUUUCUCAUUUUUUUUUUUUUUUUACUGUGUAAUACCAUGGGAACACAACUGGUCAAUAUGGAGCCUUUGGUUUUCUGUGCAGAAUUGGAAUUGUGGGAAUUCCAAAUAUAUACGUCUUUUAUAUUUUAGUAAGGAAACUGUAAACCAGAUUCCUUCUUUAUGGUAAUUUUGCAUUUUACUAUGUCAAACCAAACUCCCUUAUGUGUCAAGAACUGAAACAUAGAGACUAAAAACAGACAUUUCACCUAGUAUAAUCUCAGGAAAACUAUAAAAUGUACUUUUUUAUUAUAUUCAUACAUAAUUUAAAAGUUACCUCUGCAGCUCACACUCCAAGAUCCAGAAGUGAAGACACAGAAUCAAACAAAUCCCUAAAAAGGUAAAAAAAAAAAAGCAAAUACAGUGUAUACAAUUGCAA